AUGGGAACACCGUUGGACGUUGGCAAGGAGCUAAUGUUAGGAGCUACUUCGGGUAUUGGGCGCUCAACGGCAAUUCUGUUUAACAAACUUGGUGCUUCGUUGGUUAUUACUGGUCGUGUUAAGGAGAAACUGGAUAUGCUUGUGCAAGAAAGUCUUAAGAAUAAAGAUGCGGAAGCAUUCACAUUUCCUGCGGAUCUGAAUAAAGAAGAAGACAUUAAAUCAUUGGCUGAUGCAGCGAUUAAUAAGUUUGGCAGGAUAGAUAUUCUGGUGAAUAAUGCUGGAAUUCUUGAGAAAGGAACUAUUGAGAAUACGACCCUGGAACAGUUUGAUAGGGUUAUGAAUGUAAAUUUGAGGUCAAUUUUUUACUUGACUCAUCUGCUAACUCCUCAGCUAACCUCAUCAAAAGGAGUUAUUGUAAACGUAUCAAGCGUUAAUGGCAUACGAUCUUUUCCUGGUGUUCUUGCUUACAAUAUAUCAAAAGCUGGUGUUGAUCAGCUAACAAGAUGCAUUGCUCUAGAACUCGCUUCGAAAGGAGUCCGUGUCAAUUCAGUAAAUCCUGGCGUAACCAAAACGGAUCUUCAUAAACGUGGUGGCAUGAAUGAUGCAGAAUAUGCUGAUUUUCUGGAACAUUCAAAAGAAACGCACGCUUUGGGACGAGUUGGUGAUCCAGAUGAAGUGGCAAAUACAAUUGCAUUCUUGGCAUCUGAUGCAUCUUCAUUUAUUACUGGUGCUUCCAUUCCAGUAGAUGGUGGACGUCAUGCUAUGUGCCCACGCUUCUUUAAAGACAAAGAUGUGGCAGUGGGAGCAAUUGAUGCUGCCUUUCACGAUACUGGGGGAACUUUCACUGAUGGUACUUUAGCAAAUCGUCAUAAUUUCUACCACGAUCAGGUUGCUUCAACAUCGAGUGCUGAACAAAUUCGGAGCACCACAGUUAAUUUGGGGAGCCAUAUGGCUAGGCGACGUUUCUCACCUGGGACGUAUAAAGAGCGAGGUGAUGAAGGAUCGUAUUUAUCAUCAACAUGGGCACAUACACCUAUCCGUUAUUCACGCUAUGGCAACAGGAAAACUCCCAUUGUACUUGUUCCUCGGAAAACUUUUCAUUAUCAACAAGAAGACUCAACUUUUAGUGAUGAGGAAAGUAUCGUUAGCCGUAUGACUUCAUCUCCAGUUUACCAAUUAAAAUUUAUUAGCUCGGUUUCCGAAGUUCCUAUAGCUCUCUUGGUUCAGCCUGGAAGCUUGGAUAUUCCUGUUUGUGACACGGUUCCGCAAAUCCACAUUUUGGGCCACCCUGCUUCUUUUUCUUUUAUAAUUGAUACAACAAAAAUAGAAAUUGGAGAGAUUAAUGCUGAUGGUCUUGGACCGUGGAGUGCGCGUGGUGUUUCUCGAGUUGCUUUGACGAAGUUCUUUUUUAAUAAAGAUAAAGUUAAAUGUUCUCCCGAAAAUCAUGAAUUUUGUUUGCAAAGGAAGACUUAUUUACAUCCGUCUAGUAGCCCCCCUAAUUCUAUAAGGAAAAUCUUCUGGCUGGUAACGAAAGACGAUGCCAUGUACAGGUAUGGAUUGCUGACGUAUGACAUUGCUGGCGGUAUUGUUGCGAACGAUGACCAGACAUACAGUAAUUUUGUAGUGAAGAGAGAAUUGAAUGAUUCUUUUCCUUUAGAGCACUCGAGCGUCAGAUCUCUUCGGCUACAGCCCCUAAACCGCCAUCGGAAUUGUCGUUCAUUAGAUACUGAGGAAUCUAAGAACGUAGCUUAUGACCAGAUUAGAAGAGAUGGUGACUUUCCGGUUGUUGAGAAGGAAACAAACUUUACCCGAGUGCGUGGUUUCGAUCCCGUUAUUCCUCUUCUAAGCAGCGAAGAACUAACACACAUCACCAAUGCUCCUGUAUUCAAACAGGUUUUUCUCAAUUCCAUCAGUGAUGUUCCGCUCGAUAUUCUUUUAGAAGCUAGUUUGGAUACGUCUUAUCCAGUCUGCAACUUCGUGCCUAAACUCAUUUUAUAUGGUGCUGGUGCGUUACUGACAUUUAUAGUAGAUACGAAUGAAGUACCAGCUUCUGAUUUGAGCUCAGACAAUUUAGGUAUCAGCUAUGGACAGUGGAAUUCAAAAGAUGGACGAAGGAUGAAUGUACGUAAAUUUUAUUACAAACAGAAGUCGAAAUGUGCGGAAGGAGAGCACGAUUUUUGUGUGCUUCGUCGGAAGUAUGUUCAUCCCCAUUGCAAUCCUCCAGAUUCUGUUCGUAAGGUCAUAUGGCUUGCUCAGAAAGGCGAUAGAUUUUGUCGGUAUGCGCUGAUGUCAUAUUAUAUUGAGCCAGAAGCCUAUGUUCCACUUAUGCCGCACGGCAACUCCAAAUUCAAUCAAAAUGUGUACAUUAGAAAACGACCCAGUGAAGUCAAAAGGAGGACAAAAAAGGCUGUUCUAAAGGGCUCGAACAGUUCUGGAAUAAAACCCUCUGACCCAAUCUCUCUAGCGUUAUCGGAAGCAGAUGUGGAUGUUAUUGACGGUACAACAUCUGAUGCUUCCGAGAGUUCCGAGGUUAAUGUAGAUGAUUUAUCAGAAAGCAAAUAUGAAGCUGAUCUUUUUACAGAAGAAAUAACAGAUGAGCAAAUGGCCAAAAGAAUUGCACAGUCAACUUCCAGUGUUCCGUACACACGGACCUUUGUUGAUUCAUUGGCUGAUGUUCCGGUAAAUAUCCUGAGAAAUGUUGAUAGCAUUGAAGAAAGUUUUAUUAAUGAAAAGUUACCUUGUUUGGAACUAACGGGUUCCGCUCUUCGAGUGUCUUUCAUCGUUGAUACUAAUCGCGAUUGGCCGUUAAGCACAGAUAAUCUCGGUGAUUGGGAGUCGAAGGAAAGCCGUUUAAACAAAUUUUUUUUUGAUAAGGAAGGCAGGCAGUGCUUUGGAGAGCAACAUGACCAUUGUGUCAUACGAAGAAAAUAUGUACAUCCCUGUGCAGUCCCAAAAGGAUCACUUAAAAAAAUUAUUUGGCAGGUGAUGAGAGCAGACAAGUCUUACUACAGGUCUUACCGGGAGGAAAUUUCACGAAUAACUUCUAGCCCUGUUUAUCAGCGAAGAUACAUCAAUAAUAUCGGGGAUUUGCCUGUUGAUUUGUUACUCACCCCAUACGACAUGCAACUUACUUUUAUUGUGGAUACGAGCAAGGUUGCUCCAGAAGACUUAACUAUUGACAAUCUUGGCCAGUGGAACGCAUUGAAUGGUCGCCGAAUGACAGUUAGACGUUAUUUUUACGAUCAAAAUCGGCAACGUUGUCUUGAAGGCAACCAUGAAUUUGUUGUGAUUAAAAAGACUUUUGUUCAUCCAAACUCUAUUCCAGAUGGUGGGGUACGCAAGAUUAUAUGGCAAAUUAAAAGUGAAGAUGCUUACUCCAGAUAUGCUUUAAUCACUUUUGACAUCAGAGAAAAAGCUCUUGUGGAUGUCCCGCAACACGUGAACACAAAAGUAAAUUCUGAUGUUUAUGGGAGGAAGGAACACAAUAGCACCGAUUUCAAGAAUCAAAAAGGGAACGAAAAGGCAAAGAAAGUUGAGAAAAGAAAGCGAAACUCUGAUCUGCUAAUUGACCAUCCCGGCGUUAUGACAAAGCAGAGGCAGCGGCUAGAGGAAGAUUUAGAAACUACAGCGUCGUUACCUGUUUUUGCUGACGAUGAAGAAAUUGGAGGAGUGGAAGAAAUCUAUGCAGUUAACGGGGAAGAAAUGACUCUACGUAUGUCUCAGCCUAGCUCCAGACGCUAUACGCAACCGUAUCAUAACGAUGAGAAUUUUUAUGUCGUUUUUUUGAAUGAACAGGAAGCAGUUCCAACUCAGUGUAUAUGCUGUGGUGUCGAUUUUUCUCGCCACCCGCAUCCCCCAGAAGACAUUAUACUUGAACAUUUGGAACGUUUUUGGAAUCAUCGCACCAGCACUUACACGACUCAGCAGAUGCAAAAGAGGUAUCCUCUUCUUACUUUAAGCAGUAUUAUGCUUCCUGAAGCCAUAGGUCGCAUUUUUCUCAGAGUUCCAUAG